AUGCCGUGUCCCUGCGCGUUGCAGAUCUCGGAGCCGGACGAGUUUGACAUCAUGCUCACCAUGUCCGUCCCGCGGCUUCAGCUCGAUGCGUGCGACGCCACGGGAGCCUUUUACUAUGUAACGCUCAAAAGAAACCCCAGAGAAAUGUACUUGAGUAGGUUUCUAGAUGAAGAAGGAAAAUUAUCAGCCUUAGAAAUGCUUGAAGCACUAAGGAAGAUUAUUAAAGAGGAAAACAUAAACAUAAGCACUGCAGAAGUAACUGUAACAAGGAAAAAACCUGGAUGCCCUGCAAUUACACUUCAGAUCAAAAAGCCUCCAUCAGAAAUCUCCUUGGACAUCAUCUUGGCUUUGAAAGUUAAUCAGAGCUGGCCUCUCAGCACAAAGGACGGCCUUCCAGUUGGAGAAUGGCUAGGAAGAAAAGUCAGGAAUAAGCUCAGAUACGAAGAGUUUUAUUUAGUAGCCAAACAAAACAAAGAGGAAAAGGUGCUAAGAGGAAACACUUGGCGCCUGUCCUUCUCACAUACUGAAAAGGAAAUAAUAACAAACCAUGGUAACGGAAAGACAUGUUGCGAAUCUGAUGGAGUAAGAUGUUGUAGGAAAGACUGUCUUAAGAUUCUGAAGUAUCUGCUACAGCAACUUAAAACAAAACAUCAGAAAGAAUUGCAGAAAUUCUGUUCAUAUCAUGUAAAAACUGCGUUUUUCCACUCAUGUGCCAGGUGGCCACAUGAUGAAGACUGGCGGUGGGAAGACCUGGAUUACUGCUUUCAGCGAUAUCUGGAAUAUUUUCUGGAGUGCCUGGAAAAUUCUCAACUUCCGCAUUUUUUUAUUCCCCAGUACAAUUUAAUCAGCCAGACUGAUAGAGCAAGCCAAAAGUUCCUUAUCAGGGAAAUAAACCAUCAGAUGAAAAAC